GACACAGCCGGGCAAGAAAGAUACAGGACCAUCACUACUGCCUACUACCGAGGAGCCAUGGGCUUCAUCCUCAUGUAUGAUAUCACCAGUGAAGACUCCUUCAACGCGGUGCAGGACUGGGCUACGCAAAUCAAGACGUACUCCUGGGACAAUGCACAAGUGAUCCUGGUCGGAAACAAAUGUGACAUGGAGGAUGAAAGAAUUGUUCCUGUGGAGAAGGGGAAACAUCUGGCGGAUCAGCUGGGUUUUGAAUAUUUUGAAGCUAGUGCCAAAGAAAACAUCAACGUGAGGCAGGUGUUUGAGCGCCUUGUGGAUAUAAUCUGUGAAAAGAUGUCGGAGAGUAUAGAAUCAGACCCUUCCAGGGGCACUUCUGGAAGGAGCAUGCGACUCACAGACAACCCACCCCCUCUGCAGCAGAACUGCUCGUGCUAG